CAUUAGCCACAACAUGUUAGCUUGAUGAUCGACAUUCGUUUGACUGGAGGCAAACGCCUACCUGUAAUUUACUGGUGUGACUCCACUGAUUUGUCGCUCCCAUUAUUUGUGCUGAUGUGCAUGUAUGUCUCUUUUAUUGUAUUGAUAUACUUUUUUGCACAUCUGCUGCCAUAGUACGUCAAGCAUUGAUGCUGCUGUGGCUCUCCAACUGGCCCGGCAGGGGGCACUAGCAGUCCAGCUGUUGCUUUAUCCUCUGCAUGAUUUUUUUAUGAUUAUUUUAGGGUGCACGUCUGCUAUUUUAUUAUAUUACACUGUAUUUGUUUGUUUGUUUUUAAAUAUGAGUGCCAGUUCGACGCUGCCGCUGGCGAGCCUGCUCGUGCUUCUCUUCAGCGCCGCGUCCCCCGGCGGGCCGUACGUGAUCCUCAAUUCGGUCUCGUGGGCCGUCACUGACGAGGUGGAAGAGGAGCUGGACGGCGUUUCCAAUGAGGACACCCUGCCGGCCCUCCUGCAGGAGGACACCAGCAACAUCUGGAAGCAGACGUACCCGACCUCGGAGGAGAAGAGCGCGUCGCCCAGGACCCGAGAGCCCCAGCCGAUCCCCCGCACCUCCAGGAUGUUUUCGUACCGGAGGGAGGUGGGGAAAGCAACGGACUCCCCUACUCCUCCGCCACCGCCUCCUCCUCUUCCUCCACACGAGGAAACAGCGCAGAAUGCCCGCUCCCUGGUGCACCGCAGCAUCUGGGGGGUCCUGGCGACCACUGCCACCCAGGAACCGAUCAAAGGCGUACCACUUGGCAAUGUUUUCUGCAUAAGCGAUGGCCUUCCAAACAAUGGCACAGGAAUCCCAUUUUUCUACAUCCCAUUGAAGGACAGCAGUGUCGUGGAUAUGAUAAGCAACCCAAUGGCUACUCUUACUCUUUCUGACCCAGAGGGCAAUUACUGCAGAGAAGAUGCAAAAGACCUAGAAGACCUGAAAUGUAACAAAGUGACCUUGAUGGGUAAAAUGGUACCAGUAGAGGGAGAGGAAGUUGAAUAUGCUAAAGAAGCUCUGCUUUCCAGACAUCCAGUUAUGAAGAAAUGGCCUUCUGAUCAUUACUGGUUCUUCAUGAAGUUAAAUGUUGAGCACAUCAGGUUGCACAGCUGGUUAAGAGGAAUGUCCUUAAUUUCACCAAACGAAUAUUUUAAGACAACACCAAAUACAACCUAAUCAUCCUUCUUCGUCUUUAAGGCUGAGUGACUCAAAAGGUGGUUUUUCCAUGCAUGUACUUAGGAGUUGGGAAGAUGAAAUUGUAUUUUGAAUUUGAUUUUUUUAUUGUGCACAUAAAGGCUGCUUACCAUUAUUUUAAAAUUAUGCCUCGUGAUGCAAAAAGAAAAGAGACCUAGCUGUCUUUCUACUGCCAAAACUUGUCCUGUUACUUUCACUUUCAUCAUGAAAACUGAAUGUCUGGCUUUUUUCUACUGGUUGAAGCAUUUACAAUGUACAGUAUGGACAGUAUGGAUCAAUUCAUGACUUUCUUAGAAGGAUUAUCGUUACUACAAAAGCACAAAGGUUUAGUAACUGCUGAGGUGUCCCCUAAAGCCCUAACCUAACCAAAGCAAAGAAGAGGGAAGUGCAAGAUAAAGAUAAGAGGAGAGUAUGGAGAAAAUGUCAUCAUGAAAAUCAAAGGGGUGAAGUCUGAAAACUAAGGGAAUAAAUAUUUAACUCACAGCAAUGUCUAAGAAAAUUAGGGAUUUACAAUAUACGCAAGGGACUGCUGCAUGGUCAGAAUGUAGAAGUUUUCAACUCUGGAGGUUACUUGCUGUGUCCAUUUACAAUGACAUGCAAGCCAAGACAGUUCAUCAGAACACUGAAAUUAACUGACGUUUUAAAUGAUGUAUUAAGCAACAACUGCUGUGGUGAAAAAGAAGUAGAAAUACGUUGUUGCCAUCUGGUAUUAAAUGAGACAGCAUCAUAGUUUUACUGACCUUGUAAAUCCCGUUUAAUUAAGUUUAGCACAUUUCAGUCAAAAGAUCAAACAGAUUGUGUGUUUUCCUUUUAGCUUGAUGAUUUU